UUAUUUAUGCAGUGUUUUUGGCCGCUGAUUCCAUACAAGACCGAUCACUGUACAUCGCCCCAUUCGCAAACGGGUACCCGGGUACACAGUGAAAAUCAUAGGAAACAAAUUAAGGAUAAUUUCUAUAUGUUUAUCGUUUUUCUAAAAAACCCUAUGUGUCUGACAGUAUAAGAGUUAAACAUAGUAUAUGUAUCAGAGAACUGCAACGAGUAAUAAAUUUUUGUUCAUAAGCGGGUAUUGCUCCGUUACUCUGUCUGAUCCUGUCAGUUCGAUUCAUGUACAACCGAACCGUUUGUCUUCAAAUCGGCGUUAGAGAACAACUUUAAGUCACUAUCGAUCAGCUUAUACAUGAUUUGUUUAUGAACGUUCGCAUCAGCAGAUAAUACCUGAAAUGAUGAAUACGUAUGCUUCAAUGAUUGAAAUGAUCGACAGCGUUCGGUUCGUAUAUCAUCAUCUACACACUGAUUUACUCGUGCACUUCUGUUCUAUUUCAAAUACAUUUGUAUGUAUACACAUAUGUUAUAUGUAUAAUGGAAAUUCCAUCCAGUAAAUACAUAUGAAUAACCAAUGUAUGUAUAUAAGUAUGUACGUACCCGAUGGAUUUUCUAUUGUUUACGCUUCGAAAAUUUGUAACAUGCACACAUUUUCAAAACUGAUACAUUUAUUGCUACACAUGAUUCAAAUCAAUUCAGCAGAAAAUUGUUGUUGUUUGCUGUACUCGUAGAUUUACUUAUAGUUUACCCGAAGUUUCACAUCAAUUCAAAUAAUCGUCGCAACGCUAUGAACUGACAUGAUACGAUUUGAACCGAAGCCAACCAUACCGUUUACUCGAGCGUGAUUGCCGAAGAACAGAUGGUUCAUGUUGCAUCAAAUCAGUUGACGUUGGCGGGUACUCGAAUUGAUCAACAAUGUUGUCUAUGAUGAACUGAGUUGAUUUGAUUGUGUUUUUGGCACGAGUGUUUGUUCUGAUUUGAUCAUACUCGUUGCAGCUCUCUGAUAUGCAUAUAUAUACAUAAAUAAUCGCUUGGAUUUCGGUCCUCUGGAUAACUUUUCAUACCUUACAGUAUUUCCCAGGCUUUGAUUCCUGGAAGUUGCAAGAGUAUAAAAUGUUUGGUUGCACUCGAACUUAACCCUUCCUUACUUGUUUAUAACUAACGACAUUGAACACAUUGUACAAGAUUCACGGGGUGCUCGUCACAUAUUGGCUUGUAACAAUUUGCACAGUUCUUACGAGUCUUUCGGCGUCUUUUUAUCGGCAAGGCAUUGCAGACAUGGCAAGAUUCUGUUAAUAUUUUUUUACACAUCACAAACUGGAGCUGCCUUGUCUUCUUUUUUACGUUGACUUCAAGUAUUACUAUCGUCGAGUCUUACAAACGCAAAAUCAGUCCCAUCGUGGCGCGAUACAGCGGAUAAGAAUUGGAGUGCCACAUAGUAAAAGUAUGAUCUGUAUUUGAAUUAUUUGCGCCAGCAAAAAUCAAGAUACCGAAGAAUGAAUAAGUUUCGGGUAUCGUAACGGGCUUCCAUUGAUGCUGAGAUUUUGGAUGGUCAGAAUUAUAUUCUUGAAAAAUAGUUUCGGCUUUUUUGUUAGUGUGACGGGCGAUUAUACCAACAAUUUCGUAGGUAAAUAUUUUUUCUGAUGCUGAGUUAUUCGAAUUUUGCUUCAAGCAUAUUAUACUUCGCAAUAAAAAUCCCAUAUGAUUCUUGAGCUCGUCCUAAAAUAAUAGUAACGACAUAAAUUAAUUAUUUAAGAACAAACAAUUAUUAUUUCAAUCAUUGUUAAUAACAAAUGUUUUACUGUCGCCUUCCUCAAUCUCGCUAUUCUAAACCUCGUCUUGUACUGCUAAAUUCCCUUCAGCGAUUUCUCCCGUAUCUUCAGAAUCUUCUGGUUGACCAUGUUCUCAAUGAUUUUCUUGAUUUAAAGUUUGACGUUUAGCUGUAUUUGCUGAAGUCCAGUCUUUGUCAUCACUGUCAGAUAAUCCGCUCGAAUCACUGUCAUAAUCUCCAAGUAGUUUUCUCAAAUAUUCAUUUCUUUCGGUUGCACUUAACCUAAUGAAUUAAUUAUUAUAUUAUAUGAGUCGCUAAUAAUUUAAUUACACAGAAUUUAAAUUAAAACAAUAUGUAAUACAAGUAAUGUACAUAAUAAUGUUAAAUAUAUGUAAAGUUUAUUUACCUAAAUAGUCAGCUCUCGACAGUUGUUCCAUAGCUUUAUUUUUCAUUGUGAAAGAAACACCAUAAAUAAUACACGUCUGACUCCACCAAAAUCUAAUACGUACCAAAAAAUACUCGACUCUAGUGUUGCGUUUUUUUCUCUCCAAUGGCAUCUGCUCGGCUCCCAACGAUGACCAACGGCAGACUACCUGGAGUGCCCCAAAUAGGUUUAAGAUGUCAUUCACAAUUCUACAUUGUUAUUAUUAUUUAUUUUUCUUUACAUUGUUACUAAUUAUUAAUAUUUAAAAAAAAAAAUAAUCAAAAAAAAAUUUUUUAAUAAAAUAAAAAUUUGUAUAAUACUCAUGUUUGGGUUGUUAAAAGACGUCGGUAAAGUUGGUUGCUAACAUAAGGGUUAAGAUAAUGCCUGAAGGUAUCCCUACCGACACUGUGACAAUGUAUGUAAUCGGAAGAUAACUCCGCUCACUACCCAUAUUAUGGUACUGUUAAAAAAUACUAAAAGCUCGAUAUAUUGAUAACCAAUAACUUCAGGGACAUUAAAGUUUUAUCAUCGAGAUGGUAUUAGACAGAUUUAUAAGUUCCAAAUUGUACAAUGGGCGUGGCAUCGCUCUCUUUUUGGUGAAAUCGCAUAUUUCGGGAUCUGCUAAACCGAUUUCAACCAAAUUCGUAAAAUGACUACAUUGAGAUUCCUCUGUCACAGUAUGAAAUCGGACUACAAUCUCGCAUUUACAAUUUUAGAUUCUUUUAUUUUACGAUAUACAAAUCAAGAAACAAUUAAUGUAACGGGACAAAACUUUGCACGAAUUGUGUCUUUGACGUGAGCCACCUCAUGACUACAAACUAUCCAAAUUGAAUCAAAACUGUUCAAGUUAUAGUUAACUAUUGACUGAAAAUGUCAGUAAAUGUGUGAGAUAUAUAAUUGAAAUUCAAGGAUAAUCUUUGCCUGGCAAUAGCAUGUCUAUGUGUAAAAAAUGGAUUGAAUCGGGUGGGGAAGUAUUGACCAGCUCCAUAUACCUAAUUUCGAACAUCCGGGUGACUGUAUACCGUAUAUAUCGGCCAACAUAUGAAUUAUUUAAUGAGAAUGAGAGAGCGUGAUUUACUCACAACUGUGUAUCUUUGUGUUAAAAUGGUUAAAAUUGGGCGAAAACUUAACCUAACCUCCAUAUACCUAAUAUCAGGAUUUUCGAACACCCGGCUGACUUUAAUUACUUAUACAUGAUUGUAGGUGAGGAACCUUGAUGAAACCUUAAGAGCUCUUUAUUAGUUUGUAGCCUGUUAACUGCAUCUAGUAUUGGCACAAGAUAGUUAAAAUCGGAUCAAUACUAUCUCCUAUAUACUCAAUAUAAAAUGGUAUCUAGUCCCUUUGACGUACGCCCCUGCUGCAGCUUGUCACCCUUGUGGGGAUUCUUUCUUGUAAGCUGUACUAAACUUAUGAUUAAACUCAUGUUUGAGACGAAAAUGGUUGACGACCUAGCGAGGUUAUCGAUUUCAAUUUAAUCAAAUCUUGUUUCUACGGAAACAUUAAACACUCAAUCUACAUUGGAAUCACGACUACAAGCGGCAACUCUGCAAUUCAGUUUCCAUUAAUCGAUGAUUUAAGAAGUUCGGAUUCGGGCGAUUUCAACAAUCGAUAAUCAUAUUUUUCCAUUUUUCCUCUUCGUCCUAUUUAUAAAUAACUGUAUUUAUUUCAGAAUAUCUGUAAAACGAUUAUUUUAUUCUUCUUACGUGGUGAUUGCAAAGCAAAGCUUUCGAGGAAUAUGCGUACCUUCUUCGACUUAUAUUAUGGACGUGGUAGUGAAGAAUUCGAGACAAAUGAAUCGUUUCAGAUGAUAUUUUCGUGUUGGGCACUACUUGGGAUAAAACCAUUGAAACCUUAUGGGUUCCUUCGAUCAUUGCACGUGGCGUUCGGCUGUAUUUGUCUGUUCAUGUGCCCGGUGGUUUUCGUUGUUGGCUUCAUGCAAGUUUCGCAAAAUUCAUCUAUGACCGUUAUACUUACUACUCUACAAGCAACAGUCAAUGCGCUAGGUCUACCGCUAAAGACGCUCGUUGUGGUAUUGUACAUAGAUCGUCUACGUAGUGUCGAACCGAUUUUCAAAAGUUUGGAUGGACGCUAUCAGAAUCCACAGGGACGUUUCGCAAGAAGGGAACACGUUAUCCAAUCAGCACACUUAUUCGUAACUCUUCUCGCUUUAUAUUUCGCUUAUUGCACCGUUUCUUGGCUAACAUCAGUUUUUACGCACACUCAACCGCUAAACAUAUGGUUGCCACUUCUUGACUGGAUACCACAUCCGUCCAUACACUUUUGGCUUCAUUUUCUCAUCGAGGUGGUUUAUUUAUACUUUUUGCUGAUCAUUCAAUGCAUGAACGAUCUAUAUCCGGCUGUUUACAUCAAAGCCUUACGUACACAUAUCAUUUUGCUAGCGGAACGUGUCAGCAGGUUGGGCGAGAAUCCGGAGCUAACCGACGAGGAUAAUUAUCACGAAUUAAUUGAUUGCGUACGCUCGCAUCAGGAAUUAUUGCAAAUCUCUAGGGCUGUGGGCUCUGUUUUCUCGAUCACCGUCUUUAUACAGCUGACAAUAGCUGCUGCCAUACUCUGUGUUUGCAUGCUCAACUUUUUUUUAUUUGCCGACGCGAAUCAUCGGGCAAUUACGAUUGUCUAUUACGGUUGCUUGGUGAUGCAAACCUCACUCACUUGCUAUCAGGCAUCGAUGCUCGAGGUGGACUGCGUAAAGUUGGCCAAUGCGAUCUUCCAUUGCAAUUGGUGGAAUAUGGAUAGACGUUCGCGUCGUGUAUUGAUCUAUUUUUUGCAUCGCGCACAGAAGGAAAUCUCUUUUGUAGCUGUUAAGUUUUUCAAAAUUAAUUUGGGCACUUUUCUGUCGAUCGCCAAAUUCUCAUUUUCUUUAUAUACCUUCAUGAACAAAGUGGGUGUUGGCGAGAAUAUAAAGUAUCAACUGGAAUAAAGAAGCGAAGAUAUAAUGAUUUAAGUCAAAAGUGUCGUCUAAGCUGAAUUUAUUGUAGUUUUAUAAAUUUGAUGUUACUUGUUUUAAGCUUUAUAUUGUCGUUAAUAUAUAGUUUUCAAAUAUUAAUCAAUUAGAAAAUUCA